AUGGCCGCGCUACCUGCCUGCCGCCUCAAGGCCCACAAUCCCGCAUUUACACAUUCAGGAGUCGACAUGUUCGGCCCCUUAAUUGUAAAAAUGUUUCGACGCCAACUUAAACGUUAUGGCAUCAUAUUUACUUGCAUGACGACUCGCGCGGUUCAUCUCGAAAUGGUGGAGUCUAUGGAGAUGGACUCUUUCCUACGAGCCUACAGUCGAUUCGUAGUUCACAAAGGCAAACCAACCCACUGUUACAGUGAUAACGGGACGAAUUUUACAUCGGCCGCGAAAGAAAUUAGCGACGGAAUAGCAAGUUGGAAUAAGGCGGAAUUCAUCAGUAAGGAGGCCACGAAGCAGACAACCUGGCAUUUCAACCCCCCUUAUGCCCCCCACUUUGGAGGCGCAUGGGAGAGGCUCAUCCGCUCAGCUAAAACCGCCCUUGCCGCCGUCUUGCACGGGCAAACAACCACAGACGAAGUAUUGAGGACCGCACUCACUUUAGUCGAAGGCCUACUUAAUAGCAGACCGUUAACGCAUGUUAGCGUUGACCCAAACGAUCCAGAGGCCCUGACGCCGUACCACUUGUUAAUUGGAAGAGCCAAUCCAUAUGUGCCACUGAACAUCGUCGACGAGCGUGACGUUAUCUGUCGUCAGCGCUACAGAGCGGCACUUGCCUUGGCCAAACAGUUUUGGCAUCAAUGGCUCCGGGAAUAUCUCCCGCGCCAGAUUGAACGACGGAAAUGGCUGGAACACAGGCGAAACAUCAAGAUCGGCGAUAUCGUCAUUGUGGUUGAUUCCAAAUCAGCAGAAGGGCAUUGGCCACUGGGAAAAAUUACGCAAGUUUUUACAGGUACUGAUGGAGUUGUACGCUCGGCGAUAGUGGCCAAUCAACAUGGAGAGUACCACAAGGCGGUCGUGAAACUAUGUCUCCUGGAAGAAGAAGAAAAGCGGAAUGUUUUCUCUUCAGAAAACAGGGUCGGCCAUGUUCAAGAUGCAUCAUAA